UGUGGUGUUUCUAAAGGGAAUUUUUAUUUAUAAUUUAUCUGUGCAUUUGUUAUGUGAAAAAAAAAAAUUUAAAUAAUUUUAAUUAAAAAUGACAAUUGUUGCUAUAAAAAUUAAAAAAAAUAUAUCUAUAAUUAGUUUAUUUCAUUACAAAAACAAAUAGUAAAAAGAUUUUUGGCAUUUUAUAAAUAACUAGCUAUCUAAUUUUACAAAAAAAAAAAAUCUAAAAUUUUAAAUAUAAAAAUUUAGUAAUACAAUCUACACAAAUUGGAUAUUCUUAGCAGUGUUAAAAUUUUUUGAUAAAAAAUUUUUUGUUUAUAAUUCACAAAUAAACAACAAAAUAAUUGCCAUUUAUUAAAACGUUUUAAAAAAAAAAAAAUCAAAAAUCACUUAAUUUUUAACUUUUAUAUACGAUACACGUUAAACACAAAAAGAGAAUCCAGUAGCGAUCACUCAAUCAACAAAUAGGAUCAAAUAAGAUUUUUGUAUUUAAUUUUGUUGAUCAAUAUUAUACCUGCAAACGUAUACUAAUAUAUUGUUGUAAUAUAACAUAGAAAUUAAAUUAUUUAAUCAUGGCUGAAGCACAUUCAGCUGUUGCAUUUUCAUUUUCAAUUACACAUGAAGGAUGGGAUAUUAAUUAUGAUCAAGAAGUUUUAAAUCUUGUAUGGCAAUCUGGUCUUCGAUCAUGGAAAAAACGUGUAGCAAGAGCAAGAAAUGGUAUCAGAAAUGGUGUUUAUCCAGCUCAUAUACAAAGUUUAUGGUUAAUAACAGCUAUUGCAGCUGGUUUACAUUAUUCUGGUAGACAAGUUCCAUUUAAUUUAGUUAAUAGAAUAUUACCAUAUUUGCCAUCACAAAGUGUUACAUAUCAAUUAUUAGCAUGUUUCUUAUCAGCUUUAAUUGUAUGGUUAUCAAUAUGUUAUAUGAUGCGUUAUACAUUAAAAUUAUUAUUAAUGUAUAAAGGAUGGAUGUAUGAAUCAAGAGCACCUGGUAGUAAAAUUUCAUUAGUUACAAAAUUAUGGAGUGUUGCUGUUAAAAUAUUAUCAAGUUGGAAUAAACCUGGUUUAUAUAGUUUUCAAGGAUCACUGCCACGUCUUCCAUUACCAUCAUUACAUGAUACAAUGAGCAGAUAUUUAAGAUCAGUAAGACCAAUAUUAGAUGAUGAAAAUUAUCAUAGAAUGGAAGCAUUAGCAAAAGAAUUUGAAGGUACAAUUGGUAAAAAAUUACAACGUUAUUUAAUGUUAAAAAGUUGGACAUCAACAAAUUAUGUAUCUGAUUGGUGGGAAGAAUAUGUUUAUUUAAGAGGUCGUAGCCCAUUAAUGGUAAAUAGUAAUUUUUAUGGUACUGAUGCAAUAAUGAUGAGUUUAACAAAUAAUCAAGCAGCAAGAGCAGCAAAUGUUUCAUAUUUAUUAUUAAAAUUUAGAAGAAUUAUUGAAAGACAAGAAUUAGAACCAAUUAUGGUUCAAGGAAUGAUUCCAUUAUGUUCAUCACAAUAUGAAAGAACAUUUAAUACUGUAAGAGUUCCUGGUUUAGAAACUGAUCAUAUUGCACAUUAUCGUGAUUCAAAUCAUAUUGUAGUACUUCAUAAAGGUUGUUAUUACAAAGUGGUUAUUUAUUAUAGAGGAAGACUUUUAAGACCAUGUGAAAUUCAAAAACAAAUGGAAUAUAUUUUAAAUCAUGAUUCAAAACCAUUGCCUGGUGAAAAACAUUUAGCUGCAUUAACAGCAUGGCAAAGAUCAAAAUGGGCUGAAGUACGUUAUGAACAUUUUGCGCGUGGUGUUAAUCAUUUCUCAUUAAAUACAGUUGAAUCGGCAGCUUUUGUUGUUUCAUUAGAUGAAGAACCUUUUGAAUUUGAUAAAGAAAAACCAGAAAAAUUAGAUCAUUUUGGACGUCUUGUAUUACAUGGAAAUGGAUAUAAUAGAUGGUUUGAUAAAAGUUUUACCGUAUGUGUUGGUACAAAUGGACGUGUUGGUUUCAAUUCAGAACAUACAUGGGGAGAUGCUGCAGUUGGAUCACAUAUCUGGGAAUCUUAUGUAAUGGAUGAAGCUCUAGGAGAUUGCUAUGAUGAAGAUGGUAAUGUAAGAGGAACUCCAGAAUUUCAACCACCGACUCCAACUAGAUUAAAUUGGGAUUUAGCAAAUGUUAUUCCAAAAAUUGAAGAAGCAGUUGUUGAUGCUGAAAAACUCUUAAAUGAUGUAGAAUUGAGAAUUAUGCUCCAUGAUAAAUAUGGUAAAGGAUUUAUGAAAAAAUGUCGUUUAUCACCGGAUGCUUAUAUUCAAAUGGCACUACAAUUAGCAUAUUAUCGUGAUGCUAAACGUUUUUCGUUAACAUAUGAAGCUUCAAUGACUAGAUUAUUCCGUGAAGGUCGUACAGAAACUGUUCGUCCUUGUACAAUUGAAUCAUGUGAAUGGGUUAAAUCAAUGGAUGAUCCAAAUUUCAAUUCUUUAGAAAGAGUUGCAUUACUACAAAAAGCAUGCAAUCGGCAUCAAUUAGGUUAUCAAGAUGCAAUGUGUGGAAAAGGAAUUGAUCGUCAUUUAUUCUGUUUAUAUGUUGUCUCGAAAUAUUUAGAAGUAGAUUCACCAUUCCUAAAUGAAGUUUUAAGUGAACCAUGGCGUUUAUCUACUAGUCAAACACCACAUGGUCAAACACCAAAAAUGGAUUUGAAAAAAUAUCCAAAUUGCAUUAGUGCUGGUGGUGGUUUUGGUCCAGUUGCUGAUGAUGGUUAUGGAGUUUCUUAUAUAAUUGCUGGAGAAAAUUUAUUAUUUUUCCAUGUAUCAGCAAAAAAGAGCUGUGAAUUGACGAGUGCUUCAAGAUUUUCAAAGAAUAUUGAAAAAGCAUUAGAUGAUAUUCGUAUUAUGUUCGAAGAUUAUAUGUCAAAAAAAGAAGCCGAAAAGAAAAAAUUAGCAAAUGGUAGUUCCAAGGAAUGAUAAUUUAUUAUAUUUAUAUUGACAUUAGAAUAUUAUAAAAAAAAAAAAUAUUUUGAAAUUAAUAUAGUAAUUAUAAUAAUUACAUUUAAGUUUUAAUUGUUAUUAUAGAAAAUAAGUAAAAAAUUCAAAAUAAAAAUAAAAACAGAAAAAAUUAAAAAAAAAAACUUAUAUAAACUUACAGAAAUUAAGUGCAAAAUAAAAACAAUCAUCAAUUUUAAAUAUUUUUAAAAAAUAUAAUUUUUAAACUGACUUAAUAAAUUUAAUAAAAAAAUAAUAAAGAAAUUUUGCAAAAAGAAAAAGUAAUACUUCAUAAAAUCUAAGACUUUGAACUUGAUUUAUUUAAAUUUAGAUUUUUGUUUUAUAUUUUCUUGAUUAGUUUCUUAUAUUUUUUUGUAAUUGAAAGCUAAAUGAUUAAAAAAUAAUUUAAAAAUUAAGAUAAAAAGAAAGCAAUUUAUUUCAUAUUUUGUUUAAAACGACUAUAAAUAGUGUAAUAAAUAAAUUUAAUAUUAAAAUCUGUAAUUUGUCAUUCUUGUAGAACAACAAUGCAAAUUUUGAAAUACUGUUUUUUGUAGUAGUUUUUUAAAUGUAGAAAACAGGCAAAUUUGUAAAAAAAAAAGUUUUAGAGAAUUUUAUUUUAUCAAAAUAAAACCAUGU